AUGCCCCAGGAAAUCAUCACCAGCGGCUCAGGCAGCUACACAUGGACUGGCAGCGCCACUUCUGGUUCAUCCAGCUACACCGGCUCGUCGUCCUCCGGCUCGUCCGGCUCUGGCUCAGGCGGUAGUGAUGGCUGGAGACCCCGCACCUACACGCCUCUCCCCAUCUCCGAUGGCAGCGCUACUGGCGGCGGCGGUGGUGGCGGUGGCAGAUGCACCGACGAGCUUCAGAGGCCACAUCAACAUCAGCACCACCACCACCAGCAGCAGCUUCAACAUGAAGAGCACCAAAUCACAGGCAUCAGCAACCACACCGCCAGCACCACCACCAGCAGCACCGGCAUCAACACCAGCUCGAACAUGAAAAACCCCCAGACCGCCACCACGACCCAACACCAACACCAGUACCAGGAGUACCUGACUCGAGCCCCGAAUGCAUUCGACAAGUCGGCCCAAUCCAAAGACAAGCCCGAAGGCCAACCGAAUGCUUCCGAAAGAGCGGGACAUAGCACUGAACUCGAAGACAAGCCCGAAGGGUGGUUGUAG